AUGGCGGACGUCAAUGGGACGUUCUUCCGCUACGAUUCCGUCGUUCCCAACGCCACCGUCGACUGGCGACUGACGAAAUACAUUUCGCCAAUCCAGCGUCAGUUCCAGUGCGCGAGCUGCUGGGUGAUCGCAGCCGUCGAUUCCAUCUCCAUGAUGUGGGCGAUCACCAACAGGAGCACCCCCUUAGUGCUGUCGCCGCAGCAGGUGUGCGACUGCGCGACGAAGCAGUGCUGCCAAGGCGGCUGGCCUGACUGGGCCUACUCCUACGUGCUCUUCAACGGCGGGCUCCAGUCGGUCGACGACUACAGCUAUAUCGCGCAGGACAACCAGCUGUGCAGCAUCAACGCGUCGGUCCCUAACGCCGCUCAGAUUACCGGCUGGGAGCUCGUGCCGCCUUACAACGCGAUGGCUCUAAUGAAAGCCGUCAGCAUGCAGCCCGUGGUCGCCUUCCUUAGCGGCUCGUCAAAGGACUUCCAGACAUUCGCGGGAAAUGCGGGCUUCACGCAAUUCCGGCCAUGUACCCGGUGUACUACCCCUUCGGUCCUCAGCCCGUCAAGAUUUCCAACGGCCCAGGGCUAUGCCAUCGGAGCAGCAUCUGAUGGCACGCAGACGUGCGUGGGAGUGGCAACCACGUCUACCUCCACAAUCACAUACACCACUGUUCCUGGCGACUCCUGCUCUGUUGUGGCAGCAGCGUUUGGCAUCACCACCACCACCCUCUCAUUGUUGAACCCCUUUCUCAACUGCUCGCUUCUGUACAUCCCUCCUGGAUUUGCUAUUACCGUCUCCAAUACAAGCACAUCCUCCUCGCCCAUCUGCACCGCAACCUACAUCGUCACUCCCGCUGACAACUGCACAUCCCUCGCCAAUACCUUCUUUGCGGGCAGCUUGGCGAACCUCCAGAGGGCCAACCCACUCGUGUGCACAACCGGCCGCCCGGUGUACCCAUCCCAGGCGAUUUGCACGAGUGUAACGACUGCGGGUACCAGCGUGACGGUGCCACAGUGCGGGCAGACGUAUUCCUCCGUAGCUGGCGAUACUUGCUCGUCUGUUGCCACCAAGUAUCUCAUCUCCCUCGCUACCUUCACUGGGUUGAAUCCUGGACUGUCCUGCACCGGCUCUCUUCCCAUUGGCUCCUACCUUUGCGUGGCUUCUAAAACUGUUCAGACCACGGUGAACUGCACGGCAACGUACACAGUGCUGCAGGGCGACAACUGCCCCAACAUCUGGAACGCAGCCAACCUCACGGAACAGACCUUCCUCGCUAUCAACCCCGGCAUCAGGUGCCAAGCUCCGUACCUGCAAGUGGGCCAGAAGGUCUGCAUCAGCUCGCCCAUCCUCACCACUCUCGUUGCCUCCUCCAACACAAGCUACUCUCUCUACAAGGUUAAAGAUGGCGACACGCUCGCUCUCAUCUCCUCCAGUUUCGUCAACCGCUGCAUCCCAGCCUCCGUCUCCCCUGCCUCCAUCGCCGCGGAAAACAACAUUCUUGAGACUGCGGCUCUCGUUGUGGGGAUGAACCUGAUCAUACCAUGCGAUUCCCGCGUGGGGAUUAUCGACUGCGGCUGUGCCAUCUCCCUGCCCGUCUGCGGUGCUGACUAUGUGACGUACCCUUCGUAUUGCGAUGCGCUCGUGCUGGAAUGA